AUGGCGUCUCGCAAACAGAAGAAACGCGAGAAAGAUCUCGAGUGGGGUAUUGCCCCCAAUGGAGGAUUAGAGUUCGCUGAGCAAUUACUUGAGCUUCGAGAUUCGAAAGGCUUUGACCCCAUUUCGGACGUCGUUCUCGUAUCUAUCGAUCUCGAAGUAUCAAAAUACGACAAAGGCAAACCCGGCAGCCCUCCUAUUAGAGAAUUUGGGAUUGCAACUUUCGAUACUCGACACCUCAAACCUACAUCGCGAUCGCUUCCCAACAGCUCUAUAUCGACCAAACAGGUUUCAACAUGUCACGCCUCGAAAGAUUUCAUAUAUUGCGAUGCCACAGACUUCAAAGAAUGCGUGUUCGCAGAGACGCACCUUGCGAAACAGGGCAACCUGCAUAAAAUCAUUAAAAAGUGCUUGCGCAUUGAGGAUAGCAGCUCUCCCAACAGUCGCACUCUGCGAAAUAUAGUUAUUGUCGGCCACUCAAUCAAAGAGGAUCUAAAGACGCUGAAAAGACAUGGGAUUGUUGUCCACGAGAUUGCGCCUGUGGUGGCAAUACUGGACACGUAUAGGAUAACCUGGAACCUCCUUGGCCCCCAUACAAACUCCAACUCUACUACAUUCAUGACGGGGUUCGCGCUCUGGGCUCUUUUAGAAGAACUUAUGAUCCCACAUGAAAAAUGGGAUCUGCAUAAUGCUGGGAAUGAUGCAACGUUUACCCUACAUGCGCUGCUCAUGCUUGCAAUUAAGAGCUCUAGAAGCAGAGAGUUAAAUGUGGUUGAGAGUCAAAAUCUAGAGCGUCUACGAGCAUUGGCUCAAUUUGAGCUGUACGAACGUGAGCGUUGGAAGCCAACUCGGAAGGGUCCGAACGCAUCCAAUGGGUUCUAUUACCGAAACUCUUCUGAACAGACAGGCUCGACAACAUGA